AUCAAUUAUCACUCCCACAUACUAUCAUACUAAUAAAAUACAUAAAAAAAUAAAUAAAUUUCAUCACUUACAUAAAAUAAAUAAAUUGGCCGAAAAAUAUAUAACUUAAAUACAAAAUAAUUCAAAAUCAAAAUGACAGUAGUUCAAAUAGGUCUAUUUGUCAAUAAUUAUUAUUUUGCGUUCGGAAAAUGUUAAUUUGAGACAAUGGGGCAAGGUAAGAGCCAAUUCAGCGAGGAGGAACUGCAAGAUUACCAAGAUCUGACUUAUUUUACCAAAAAAGAAGUUUUAUAUGCUCAUCAAAAAUUCAAAGUCUUAGCACCAGAAAAAGUGGGCCACAAUAAAAACGCUAAACUGCCAAUGUCUAAAAUGCUCAAUUAUCCCGAAUUAAAUGUGAAUCCUUUUGGCGAUAGGAUUUGCAAAGUGUUUAGUUCUAGUCGUGAUGGGGACUGCACUUUUGAAGACUUUUUAGAUAUGAUGUCUGUUUUUAGUGAAGCAGCCCCGAAAUCUGUUAAAGCCGAACAUGCGUUUCGUAUUUUUGAUUUUGAUGGAGACGAUAUGUUGGGUAUUUCUGACUUAAAACAAAUUAUUGAAAGACUGAUUGGGAAGGAUAAUCAUUUUAGUGAGCAGGAAAUGGAACGUUUGAUACAGAAUGUGCUUGAAGAAGCGGAUUUAGAUGACGACGGGGCACUGUCUUUUGCCGAAUUUGAACACAUCAUUGAUAGAUCUUCAGAUUUUAUGAAUGUUUUUCGUAUGCGUCUCUAAUUAUGUGAUCUCACCAUUUUUUUGUGAACUGCCAUGACUUGAGUAAUUCCACGAGCCAAAGUAAACAAUUUUAUUUAUUAAAAAUUGUACAAACUUACAAUUAAGAAUAAUAAACUCAUCACAAGAUUUAUGACUGC